GCCCCUACAGGGGUCUUUUCUGCUCAUGUCACUACAUAAAACUAUCAGAUGGUUAGAGGAAGGCCAUGGAGGCAUCCACUUAGCUCGUCGUAUCAGGGAAGCCAAAUGAAGUCUAUUCAACUCUGCUUUAGCUUUAGUUGACUUACUUUGCAAGAGAAGACUUACAGCAGCCGUCACUCCAUAAAUGUGCACCAUCCGCCCGCGUGCACACAGCAGAGGCGCGCAACCUGGCUGCUUUACGCACAGCGCAGCUCCAGCAGCGAAACUUUCUCCAGCGGCUGUUUUCAUGAAGAGCUGCAAGCUUUCGUCAAGGAAUUAAAAAAAGAAAGAAGGGGAGACUAUACUUUUUUUUGCAUUUGCAUUUGCUUCACUUGACACAAAUAUCGAGGAUGCCUCGUCCGGGGAGAAACACGUACAGCGACCAGAAACCACCUUACUCCUAUAUCUCCCUCACCGCCAUGGCGAUCCAGAGCUGCCCGGAGAAAAUGCUGCCACUCAGUGAAAUUUACAAGUUCAUCAUGGAUAGAUUCCCUUACUACCGAGAAAACACGCAGCGGUGGCAGAACUCUCUGCGACACAACCUCUCCUUCAACGACUGCUUCAUCAAAAUCCCGCGGCGCCCAGACCAGCCAGGUAAGGGAAGUUUCUGGGCGCUGCACCCAAGCUGCGGGGACAUGUUCGAGAAUGGAAGUUUCUUGAGACGCCGCAAAAGGUUCAAAGUGCUCCUAGCCGACCCUUUGGCCCCCAGUAAGCAGUCGGAGGCUGCUCACUAUCUCCAGCAGCAAGCCAAACUGAGACUGAGCGCGCUGGCAGCCACUGGCACACACCUGCCCCAGAUGUCAACGUACAACCUCGGAGUGUCGCAGACGUCAACUUUUAAACACCCGUUUGCCAUCGAGAACAUCAUCGCUAGAGAGUACAAGGUCCCGGGAAGCCUGGCCUUCUCCACCAUGCAGUCCAUGUCUGCCGGCUACCCGCUCCACAACCAGCUGACCACAGCCUGGCCACACAUGUACAACACCAGCGUGAUUGACACGGCGGCGCCGAUCUCCAUGAGCAGCGACUACAGCGCGUACGGCGUGCCCAUCAAGUCGCUGUGUCACGGGGGACAAUCCUUACCGGCGAUCCCCUUGCCAAUCAAACCCACGCCGACCUCCAUGUCCGGUUUCUCGGCGCUACCUCCGCACAUCCCCGCGUUCCUCUCAAACUCUCCACAGUCCCUGAGCCCGACGUCCCCACAGACCGCGACGAGCCAAAGCAGCCCCGCGACCCCAAGCGAGACUCUGACGAGCCCGUCCACGCUGCAGUCUGUGGCCGUGCACUGACCGCGUCCACCGAACUUUCACCCUUUUACCAAAACCCAAAGUUUAUAUUUUCCGUCGUCGGGAAAACUAUCAAGGCGAGUUGCAGUUGCAUAUUGAUUUGUGUGUGUGUUAUGUGUUGAAUGUGCGCUUUAACUGGUGUCAUAUGGAGUCCACGCAGCACAGAAUCACACUGCGAAGUAUUUGCUCUUGAUAAUAUAAAUUAUUUGAUUGUUCUAUUUUUCGGUUUAUUGUGAAAUGUGCGUGUUGGAAGUGGAGUCACUGCAGGGAUUCAGGGGGACAUUCCCGCGGCAGGUCUUUAAAACUUGAGUUUUAUCCAACAGCGAAACUUUUGCACCGUGUCUGUGUGACCACUGUAAUGUCAAUGAAACUGCGAGGCGAUGGCUUCUGUGUUUUAGUUUGCUUUUUUAAUACCGGAAUGAUGGAUACGGGAAAACCAAAUAGAAGUAGGAUUUAGAUUUGUUCUUACGAGCUCUGUAAAAAAAAAAAAAAAAAGAAGAAGAAAAA